AUGAGGCUAAGUAUCUUGUGAAGAAUUAUGGAGAUCGAGGAGGGUGUUAUCCGACGGGUCGUAGGCCGAGGCGGAUCGAGGCCGUAGGCCGAAGCGUAUAACACCCUCCGAGAUCUCCAUAAUUCUUCAUAUGUUCCAAAGGCCGAAUUCAACAAUUGUUUUGUUAUUCGUUCAGAAUAAUUCCUAGUUUAAAAGCAUAGCUGAAACAUGUUUACCUCCAUCGAUAUUAACUUCAUCUUCGAUAGUGCACGUUUAGGGUUGUUCAGUUCCGCAAAUAUUCUCCAAAUAGCAGAUAUUGCCUUUCGAGUUGUCUUCUUGCUGUUCUUGCCAUGUUUUUAGCUAUUACUUCGCCCAGUUCUUACUCUUGAAACGAGUGAAAUGUUCGCCAUUUUUGUUUUCACAACCGAAACAACUCAACCUCGUCCCCAGGUCUUCUCGGUUAACGGUGCAUUAACCUGCAAGAAAGCUGCACUUUUGACGACAUCGGUUGAUUAAUCGCAAAAUUUUUCCAAAUUUGGUCAAUAGUAGCUGGUUAUGGUGAAUUAUGCGUGUGCUUUUAACCAAUCAGAAUUGGGGAAAUCUUUUGAAUAAAUAUUGAUCUGUUUAUGUCCUCGCUUGGGUGCAUACCUUUAGCUUUUAUUUAUUCAUUUUUUUUAGGAGAGAAGACAUUGGAGAAAUGCUUUGAAACCCAGCGUUCGUUUAAACUUAUGGGCCCCCUGGUUGACUCUGAAUUUUACCCAGGCUGGAUCGACAACUGGGGUAUGAAAUUCCAGCACCGAGACGCUGAGGUUAUCGCCAAUGAUCUCGAUACUUUGCUGAGCGCCAACUAUUCUGUAAACGUGUACGUGUUUCAUGGCGGGACGAAUUUUGGAUUCAUGAAUGGUAAUCUGUUCAACUCCUGAUCAAGCCCACCUAUAAGCACAAUAAACAGUGGUAGUCUUUACACUAGAGCCUAAAUAAGCUAAGAAAUAUUUCAAGACAAGUAAAUUUUAAAUUCUUCAAGUAAAAUUAAGCUUCACACAAAACUUAAGGCUUUUUUCCCACGCAGCAUAAUUAAGAUUGAUCGACAUGAUUUGCCUUUCUUAAAGCUCAAGAAACCGCAAGUUGCUGAGUCGGUUUUAAGGAUGGUUUUCAAGUCACUUGAAACUUUCUUCAAUCGUUUCAACUUUCCGACUUUAAUGAGAUGGUCGAGAUGCAAAGUAAAAUACCUUGAGAUUUUACUUGGUCCUUCACUCAUGAUCACGUGUGUUUGGUUAAGUAAUAACUUAGCAGCUCUUAAGUCUUACUUAACGACCUUGUGUAAAGACAACCAGUGACUAGUGUGUUUUUUGAUGGCUUUAAUAUCUAAAUACUACGAAACCUCGCCUUGCAGGGCUAAUUGCGCUGGCCUGUGAAUGACCUGUGUAAGCGUGAAGUUCAUUCUAGGUUUUGUCAAGUCGGCAGUAACAAAUUUUGCUAUAACAGUGUCAAUUCAGAAAGCUUCGGUUUUAGUUGCUCUGUAUGAUUUAAUUCUGUCCAAAAAUUUAGAGCGACAUUGUGCAACCUUUUGGCACAUCAUAUAAAAAAGUCUUGUAAAAGGGAAAGGUUGACAAAAUUUUUCCAUGACAAAAAAAAAUUUUAAGGUUUUCCAUUUACACGACCAAAGCUAAUUGAGGGUCAUCAAAUUAGGCCAGAGGGUUGGAGCAACUCAUUUAUAGAUCCGAGACUAAUCAUUGAAGAGUGCGCUUUGUUUUAGAUUUACUUUUGAUUGGUGGAAAAAAAUGGCAGGAUAGCCUGCUUUAGCCAAUCACAAGGCUCAAUACCAAAAAUCAAGUCACGAGUACAUCUCUAUUGGCUAGAUAUCUUUCGUCGUGGAAAUGGGAAAUCUUAUUCAAAUGUAUAAUCGUGAUGAUUUCAUCGCAGAAACUGUCUUUAUCAGGUGCUAAUCUCUACUACGGCUAUAAGCCUCAGAUAACCAGCUACGACUAUGACGCCCCUAUCAGUGAAUCAGGAGAGCUUACAAAGAAGUACUUUGCUAUGAGGGAAGUGAUAUUAAAACAUCGGGGUCUACCUCCUCUACCUGUCCCUGUAUCCACACCGAAACAAAGCUAUGGAAACAUCUACAUGACCAAGGUAAAGACUUUAAUCUUUUCUUCAAGUGGGACAAAACAAAUUGUUUAGUUUGAAAAACAAAUGGUAACAAGUUAAACUAGUACCGAUAAGGUUUCCAUUAAAGGGUCACUCACGCAUUAGUAAAUUCUAAAUUCUUCGAGGCAAAGAAACUCGUCUUCUGUUCACUCUGUUAUCAGGGACAAAAGAAAAAGGACUGAAAUAGAAUAAUUAAUUCUGCGUACCGUAAACCUCCACCUAUGAGCCUGGGGCUUACAUAACUUCGUAAGGGGUUUUACGAGGGUUCAUAACCGGACUUUCCAAACCCAUUUCAAAACAAGCUAUAUAGCAGUGAUGAUAAAAAUACGUUUUGAAUUUACUUGCUUUUUUAAGCUUCAAAACGUUGUACAAUAUUGAACUCAUUUCAGUACAAGGUAUAGGGGGGCCUUCAUCCGGGGACUUAAAACUUGAUGAAUUUUUUUGUUUACAAGACAAGAGACAAGACAAUGCUUUAUUUGGAGUCUUAUACAGUCCUAUGUACAUCGACUUUAUCCAAAUAAUUUAAAAUCAUAACACAAAUUUUACUCUAGUGGAACUAUAAUCAAUAUUAACCUAAAGAACUAAUGAUCUUCUUUUCUCAUAGCAGUUAGAGAGACAGGUAGAUGGGCCUAUAACUGGGUGGGGGGCAGCGGGGUGGCUCAUGAUUUGGGAGGGUUAUAAGGGGAAGAUUACGGUAUCAUGAGUAAACUGUAUUUUUUCCGUAUUUUGAACGUAUUAGUCUCUUUGGGUUUAUUUUCUGGUAAUAAGCCCGCCUGAUAUUUUCUCAGGUGGCCUACUUAUUAGAUGUUGUCCACAGUCUUUCUCCUUUUGGACCAAUCAAAACCGUUCUUCCUAAGACCAUGGAAAGUGUUGGACAAAACUACGGCUUCCUCCUUUACCGCUCCCAGAUUCCUCAAAAGUUUGCAAAUACAAAUGUAGAACUAGAAAUUCUAGGACUACGAGAUCGCGGAAUUAUUCUGGUUGGCCAGGUAAGAGAGCUAUUUUUGUUUACGAUUUGUGAGAGCUUGAAAGAGCUCUCACAUCAACCUCAUACAAUGGGUAGGAGAGAACCCUGGGAACGAGGUUGCUCUCACAUCGCCAAUUUGGAAACAAGAGGGAAACUGGGCCGAGUUAACUGACUUUCGAAAAGUCUUCUGGGAUUGUUAUAAGGCCAAGGAAAAAUUUCGGCCAUUUCCGAGUUCUCAAAGCGAGGCUGAGUGCAAAGCCGUUGGUCUGAAAAUGAUUCUUUUAUUCUUAUGCAAAUAAGACUCAUUUUCACAAGAAAGGUUUUGCAUCUAGCCUUAUUUUGAAAGGGAGUUUUGAGAACUCGAAAAUGACCUAUUGGCCAAUAGGAGCCAAUAGCUGAACGAUCAGAACGAUCCCAGAGACAAUUGCGCGACCCAUUUCGGCUCCAGUUCUAGGUUCUCGUUUUUAAAGUAGCGAAUAGACCUUUUUACCGAUACGGCGGCCAUAUUGAAUUAAUUCGAUUUAAGGAGUAUUAUAGGAUGCCCAGGGCGCAUGAGCACAUUUCGUUUGUAUUUUCGAGCGCUUUUCGGGACAUUUUUUCUUCAAGUUUUCUUAGAAUAAAAUUGUAAUGGGAAAAAAGAUCCUUGUGCCGUGUUUGCAUGUGAUAAUGAUCGCCUUUUUCCCGAGAAAUAUAUAGUGAAAGACCAUAUUUCUAAUACUAAACUAGAAAAAGGUGAUCAUUAUUACAUCCGUAUCGGUAAAAAGAUCUAUUACGGUACUGAGAACACGUGAACGCCUGUAUUAAACUUUAUUUCAUCUUACUGUCGUUCACUGCAAAACAAUAUAAUAUAAACGUCAAAUUAUCAAAAUUAGGUUUUUGAGACAAACAUAAAUGCACCAGAAACAUUAAUUUAGAUUUCUCGACCUACGAAAACGCAACGGAUGAGAGUCAUUCUUACAUAAGAAAAUUCAGGUUUCAAGAUGGAAGACACAGGUGACAGCGAGAUUGUAACAAAAAAAUUAAUAAAUGAUAGUCAGGUUGUUUGACUGAAUUAGUUUUGAUUGUUUACUUUGAAUUUUUAUCUUGGUAAGGAAGGGGAAAAGAGCAAACAACCAGUGAAGAGAAAACGAUGGUUUAUGGGUGGUUUCGUUUUGUGGUUUUAUUCUUAAGAUUUACAGCUUCAAUACGCCACAUUGAGAAAUAGGCUCAAGCAGCGAGGAACACUGAGAGCCUUAGAAUAUCCUCUUUACCUAUCUUUGUCAUUUAGAUCUGCGUAACCUUUACUGACGAAAUCUUUGGAGGCUUUUUUUGCUUUAAAGUACAUCAGCAACGGAAACAAAAAAUAGUUUUGAACAAGUUAGGUAACAGUCAUCGGGAACCUCCCUAUUCAUCCUUCGAAGGAGGUCAUUAAAGGAGACUUGCAAGUUUGCAGAGGAUUUCAUUUAUUUCUUUUAAUGUUUUUGCCUUUACACAUAGGAACGCAGGGCUACUUUGAGUCGUGCAAGCUUCAAUAGGACGUCCUUCAACCUAGGAGACAAUCUAACACUAAACAUCCUGGUAGAGAAUCAAGGACAUAUAACAGGAGGCUCAGACAUGCAGGAUCCCAAAGGAAUCCUUGGAAAUGUGACCAUAAACAAGGAAAUUCUUGUCGACUGGGAAAUGUACACAUUGGACCUACAAAGUUCUCGAGGGUGGAGUGAGGCUUUUAAGAAUGAUAACACAGGGACAGCAAGCGACCUUUUGUCUGACGUACCCACGUUUUAUCAUGGCUUUUUCAAUAUAUCCUCCGAUGGUAACCCAGGAGACACUUUUCUGAAGUUUCAAAAUUGGCAUAAGGUAAUAUACGCUGGUAUGCUUCUUAAUUAUAUUUUCUUCUAUGCGGGAGAGCAGAGGAGACCUGUUUCCAUAGUGAUCGACUAAUGACGUUAACUUGAAGGCGCGCAUCCACAUUGGUUACCAACUUUUUACGCAAAUCGUAGUAAAUAUAUUUUAAUAAAAAAAAAACUUUCCAAGUUGAAAUCUGGAAUAUAGUCUGGACUCGCUUUGUUCCGUAUCCACUACAACAUGGAAAUUGACCUUGAUGAAAUAAUCCGCUGAUUUGCAAGGCUUCAUCUGAAAAGAACGGAACUGGCCAAUAUCCUGUGUGAAUGACUCAAAAAAUACAGGGAAGGGGACUUUAGGGAAUUAAAAUCCCCAAAAAACUUAGGGAGCAUGCUCUCGGACCCCCUCAGAAGCUUGCGCCUUCGGCGCUCGUUUAGAAAAUCGGUCAGUAUUUAUCCUGGAUCCGCGCCUAACUUGACAGACUCAGUUGAUAUGAUUGGCUGCUAUUUUGGUGCCCCAUGUGACAAUACUCAAUACUCAGUAUUUUAUUAAGAAUUAGACGUUUUCAAGAUUGAUAUCGACACAGACAACAGCUGCAUAGUAGACUAGGUCUAUUUAAUAUCUCAGCGAACCACAAUUGCCCAGGUCAACAUUCUAAACGAGGUCACUUCUGAUAAUUUGUCGUUUUAGGGUCAGCUGUACGUCAAUGGCUUUAAUCUGGGUCGUUACUGGCCCGUGAAGGGUCCUCAACAGACACUUUACGUCCCUGGCUCAUUGUUGUCUGCUGGAAAGCCAAAUGAAGUGAUUCUCUUGGAGCUGGACAGUGCACCCUGUACGGUCCCUGAGAGCUGUUUUGUGCAAAGCGUCUCGACGCCCAUCCUGGACGGACCCGUGGAUGGGAGCCCUCCUAAGCGGGCGUGA